AUGUCGCGCUUCCGUCCCGACGACGACGAUCUGGCUUACGGCGACAUUCCGCAAAGAUGGGAUCGCGAGCGCUUCGAGCGAUUCGGGUCGCGGGCUGGCCCACCUCCCGGAAGACGAGUUGAGGAUGACUACUACUACCAUGAACGAGAGCGAGCAGGACACCGAGACGUCGCGGUAGCCGAGCGUGUGGAGAGUCGUGGUCCGAGAGGACGAUGGGUCUUCGAGGACGAUCGAGAGAUUGACGAGAGGCGAGAGCCGUCACGAAGGCGGAGACGUACAGACAGGGAGUUAUUCGGAGAUGUCGACCCACGCGAGAUUGCCGACAUGGCACUGAUGCCUUACCGACGCAAAAGCAUAACGAGGGAAGACUUCGAUAUCGAUCAGCGUGUUCGACCUGGUCUGCUGAGGAGGCAGAGUAGCCUCGACACUUUCGACCGACGCAGACGUCAUGACGACGAGCAUCGCAUCCCACCAUAUACCCCCGUGCCCCUUCCAAUCCGCCGACAAAGGCCAUGGGAGGGAUACUAUGAGCCAGAAGACUAUCGCGAAGUGGAAAUCCAGCGUGAGCGCUCGGUGCGCAGGCGUCGAGCACCAAAGAGUGAGCGUUCAGUCAAGGAGAGCGUCAAGUCACAGAGCUCUAGCAGCUCCAGCAGCAGCUCAUCAUCUGAAGAGAGCGUGGCCAAGACGGAGAAGACUAGCAAAACCAAGUCUCGUGCGCCUAGUACUAAAGCCAGUACCAAGGCCAAGAGCAGUCGUGCUACUAGCGUGCACGAGAGCAUUCACGAGACGCAUAUCUCGGAGUCUUUACCCCCGGCACCACCACCACCCGAACCAAUUACAGAAAAGAGUGUCCAUGAAACGCUCAUCGAAGAGAGCAUACAUGCAGUGCGCAAAUUCAAGAAGGGCAAGACGCGGAUGCCGAAACGCCUUGUGAGGGUCGAAGCGAUUAUGGAUCUUGGCUACCCAUUCGAGGAGGAGGAAGAUUUCUUCGUGCUUCAGAUUGCUCUUGAAAAGGAGCAGAUCGACGAGGUUAUUCAGAUCAGCGAGACGUACAAGAAUGGAGAGAAAAAGAAGGUCUAUCGCUUCGAGGAGAAGAUCGAAGAAGGAUCGCCCAUCCCAGCUCCGCCAGUGGGCGAACACGAAGAAAUUCAGCGCACUGAAUGGAUCAAUCCACCGACCGUCAUCGGGCGUCGUGGCUCUCCAAGUGCAAAGAGUAGCAUUAGUCAAGUGCAUCGCUCACGAUCACGACGACCAUCUUCGCCAGCCACUUAUGUGGAGAAGCGUGAAACCAUCAUCGAAGAAACGUGA